AUGGCCGCUGACAGAGUGCCGCCUGUCGCCGGCUGGGGGUCUCGCCCGUCCCCUGCCCGCCAGCGUGCCUCGGGUGCAGGAAGGGACAGCGCGGAAUCUGGGGCGGCGCAGGAAGCCGUGAGGCGAUGCAGAGACGCUCAGGGGAGGCAGGCCGAACUGAGCAGCACUCCCACUCCCGACCAAAGUCCACCCAAAACGCGGGAAGCAUCCGGCGCGGAGGGGGGAGGCGGAGCCUCGUGGGUGGGGGCUUCUGACCCGCGGGGCAGGGGCCCUGGCGCUCCUGCCUUCUCGCUCGUCGGGCGCUGUGUCGCCUCCACGCCGUGUCCGGCCUCUUCCGCGUCCUCCGCAUCUUCGACGGGCUCGCCCGCGUUGUCUUGCUUCGCUAGAGACGCUCUCCUGGCCUCGUCCGCGCGCGUCGCGAGCGGCGAGGGGGCGCACGUGGUGAUACCUUUCUCCCUGGAGUUUCUGCGGGCUCUCGAGCGCGCGAGCCCAGCCGACGCUUGCGCCUGGCUCCGCGGGGGCCUUGCGAGACCGCAGGAGGGGGAUAGGUGCCCCGAAGACCUAGCCGGUCGCGCGUGGGCUCCUGCGCAGCUCGCGCCUAACCUGACUUCAUCCGCGCCGGUCGAGGUUCCUCCUCUCGAGCGACCGGGAGACACGCCGGACGAUAGCGCAGGCGAACGGGAGCCGCAGGGGGGUGGAGGCUCGUGGAAGUCGGCAGACGCGAGCGAGGGACGCGCAACGCGCGGAAACGCCGCGACGUACGACGACGACGACGAGGCGAACGCCUCAGGGGAUGCCCUGAACCGGCAAGGGGCUGACGCGCAGCGAUCGGUCGCGCCUUUCGUCUCGCGCACCGCUUCCGCGGCGCCUUCUCAAAAGGCAGUUGAAGCGUUCGCCGCUGCAGUGCGAGCGACCCAGCGAGCGUCACGCGGUUCCCGAGGCGCGUGCGUCCUUCUGCUGCUCCCGCAGCGCCACGAGGCCCUGGCGAGGCCAGGGCGAGCGGCCUCGACCUGCGUGGCGGCCGCCAGCAAGACUGAGGGCGAGACUGCGCGGGGGGCAGCUGAGGGGGGCGGACGCGACGAAGAGGGCGAAGAGGAGGUCGCGGGGCUGCGCGCGGGUCCCGGCGCAAGGCGAUCUAGCACUCCGUCUGUCGAUCCUCCUGAAGCGAGGCCGAGCGCCGGAGCGGUGCCUGGGACACGAGACGCGGGCGGAGGAGGCGCACGCGAGGAGGUUCCGCCUGCGGCAGACUGUGCCGGGGGUGCGGAGGCGGAAAGCGCGGCGGCGUGUGGGAGGGUCCCGAACGCAGCCCUCAGGCGAGCGCUCCUGGCCGCCCUCGCAGGCCGCGCAAGCCUGCGACCGCGGACGGAAUCGCGCGCCGCUCUGCAUGCGAGCGGCGCAGAAAGAACACGUGGCACGCUGGAGAGCUGCGACGCAGGUGGGGAGCCGCCACGCGAGCGCUCGCGAGGGGGUCACGACGAGGAGGCCGAAGGACGCGGCGGCGUGAGUCAGAACGCUGGAAACGCCCGCAGGCCCGCUGGCGUCGCUUCGUACGCCGUCUGCGGUCGGAAGGGGAAGAAUUCAAGUCUCGAGCAGCGACACGUAAGCGAGAAAGAGUAUCCGAAACUAGACGGUAGCGCGGGCGGCGCACGCUGUGGUGCUUCUCCGGGGGGGGGAGCUCCAACGUGCGAGGCCUCUGGAGGGGGGAGGGCGAUGCUGAGAGGGGAUUCAGAAGCUUCGACGUGCCCUGGGGAACUCGGACCGCCUGCAGUGGGGCGCGGCGCGGCAGACGGUGAUGAGUUCGUCUCGCGUGUGAUCUAUGGUUUGGAGCGCGUCGUCUUGGUCAUUCCUGUCCGCCGGAAUUCACUUCCGCCAAGCUCGUGGAACCUGCCGCUUCGAGGCAUCAGCAAGAGCCUCCGCAGACGAAGAGGCGUCAGCGGCGAUUCUGCACCGCAGGCGUUCUUUGAGAACUUCCUUCGGCCGCACGUCGCGCCCGAGUUCAACCUCGGCGACGAGGUGGAGGAGACGCUGCUGUUGCUGCGGCUGUGGAUGCAGCGACGCGACGACGGGGCCCCGAAAGAUUCAGAUUGCGCAGAUCCGAGAGAAGGGGGGAGAGAAGGGAGGGAGAACUUGGUGGUGCCAGCCGGGAUAAGGCGAGGGGGGAGGGGUUUGAAUGCGGCAGCCAGUGCGGCGGGGGAACUUGCAGACGCGCAGGCGAACCGCAGUCACAGAGAAGGCCCACAACACGGAGACACGCGAGAGGACAACGUCGAAAAGGAGAAACCCGCACCGAGAGCAGAAUGUGAACAACGCAGACCACGUGACCCGGGAGUGAGGGUCGCGCUUCUUCUGUUGCCCUCGAGUGACGCGCUGGGGCCGUCGCAGGCGCUUGCGUGGAGAGACGACGAAGUCCAGGCGGCUGCCAACUGGCUUUCGCGGUGUCUGAGCCCCCUGGACACCCACGCAAUUCGCGUCUUCCCCUCACCGGCGGUUUCCGAUUCGCCAUCGUUUCCGACGGCCCCUUCGUCGCCUUCCGCCUCUGCGUCGCGGCCUGGCCUCUCUCUCUCCACACCCUCCCUCUCCCUCUCACCCGGGUCAUCCUCCGGGCUGGUGGACGAUCCCGCAGCUCCCCUCAGAGAGAGAUUCCUGGUCUCGAGGGCAAACGCUUCGGCGGGGCUCGUGGAGCCGCACCAGGGGCGCGGGGAAGGCCUCAGUGAGAAACACUCGCCUGGAGAUGGCCCUGCGGGCGUUGGCAGCGCGUCCCGCGCAGAUUUCGUUGAACUCUCGGCGCAGGAGCCUCUCUCUGAGAAGGCGAGGUACCUCGAGGCAGCUCCACCCAUACAAGGUCUGCGAGAAGGCACGCUUACGUACGAGAGGGCGGCGGCCCUCAUGGUGUCUCUUGCUGAAAGGCCUCCAAGCGGGGGCCACAGUCAGUCUGCCCUAGCGUCCGCCCUGCGGCGAACUUCGCUUUACCGCCUGUGGGAAGCGCGCGAGCGGGCGAAGCGUCUCCACCCCGUGGACCGCUUCAGUCGCCAGGCUGGGGUCGCAGCCCUCCGUCGGCGACUAACAGAAUGCGGGCGCGGCGCGGGUCCUGUGACCAGCCGCGCGGGUACACAAAGCCCCAGCGACAGAAUCCUCAGCGGUCCCGCAACUGGCGAGGGACGCAGAGGCGGCACAGUCAGUGCGAGCUGCAUGCAGGACGAAGGCGUCUGCGGCGCAGCCGCAUAUCAUGCAGGACAUGGGGGGGCCGCCAUAUGCGAGGCAAGCAGAGGUCGAGCUGAGGCGUGUCGGGAGAGUUCCGCGGAGCCGCUUUGGGCACGCGCACUGUCCUGCGGCUCGCCCGGAAGCCCCCCCGAACGCGCUCCACGGUGCCCUCCCUUUCUGCGGCCGCGGCGGCCGAAGCGGAAGCGGCGGAACUGUUCGCCAGUGACGCACGGACGCUGGCCUUGUGUCGUCUGCUUCUCGAGCGAGAAGCAGAAGAAAGCCUUCGAAAAGAACGGCGCAGACUUGCUACAGUCGAGCUCCGGUCGCACUUCCACCAAUGCGAAGUGGCUGCCAUGCAUGCGCACUUCAUGGCGCGCUUCGGCGGGCCGCCCGGGCCUCCGCGGCGGACGAGUCCGGAAUGGAGCCUGGACGCGCAGCUACCGCGAGAAGUUGGCAAAGCGGGCGAGCCAGAAAAAGGCAAAGGACACGACGCGAGAGACGCCAGUGACCGUGCAGGUUCACGCGAAGACGAGAGAUUCGAGGGGAAAACCGACGACGAGGCGGAAGGGGAAUGUCGGAUCAGGCAGGAAGGGCGCGAGGGGCAAGCGACGCGCAGCGGGCCAGAGGCCCCGGCUGCCGACUGCGGUCGGCAAGCAGCGCGAGCGUGUCUGGCUCGCCCAAGAGUUCCUGCGUAGUCUCCGAGCGAGAACGGCGAGUGAAGGACAGCAAGGGGCGGCGAAGGCGGCCCGAGGGGACGAGAGGCCUUUUUCGGGGGCGAGGCGAAACGAAGACAUCGAGCGACUGCUGCGUCUGUACGCCAAACGCAACUUGGGUUCGCGGGAGAGCGUGGAGCGCCAGGACCGCCUCCUCACAGCGCGUUUCGGGCCAUGCAGGGAGAACCCAGUGAGGACUCUGCAGCGUCUCGUUCAGUGGAGGCGCAUUCUGCAUAACGUCGUCCGCCGUUACGGCUAUCAUACAGUGUGGAGGGCCUCGGACGCGCGAGACAAGGAUGUGUUUGUGGCGCUGGAGACCUUGGGAGAGGCUGGUGCCCGUCGCCGUUUCACACUCAGCUGGAGGGUCGUUCGCCUUGCUGCCAGCUCUCCCACUCUCGCGGCGUCAGGCGGAAGAUCUUCCAGCGUCGCGCACAGCGCUGUGCCGUCACCUCGGGUCGGCGUACCUGCUGGCAAAUCACCUCUGGAUGGCCUUUCCUCCAUCGAAGAUGGAGCGUGUUUCUGGCCGUCUGCCUUGCCCGUUGGAAACCAGAGAAGAGACUCGUCGUCGCCUCCGCUCCUUUCGCCUCGCGCUGCCGAGUGGCGCUGCCGCACCCGUCGUUCCGUCGGGGCGGGAGCUGUCAACCAAGCGAAAUGGCGAGGGUCGCUCUUCGAGGAGCCGAGACAAGACGCGACCUGGCUGCCUUGCUCUGCUGUGGACGCGCAUGGUGAAGCUGAGGCGCGUCUUUCACGCUCUGAGGGAGCCCCGUUGCCGAGCCUCGGAGGCCUUCAGAGAGUGGAGGACGGCUCUCUGAGUUUGACCCAGACGCCGCUUUUCUCUGGCGUUUUAUCAAGCUGGAUGGCUAGUUGUAUGCAGAUGCAAGUCACGAACUCGCUCUGGCUCCUUGUGGCGCUCAAGCAAGUCGACCUGCUGCUGUCGCCGCUCACGUCGCUCGCGACCUUCGCGGCUGUCCUGUACGCAGCGACCGAGCCUAUCUGGCUGAGGAAGGCGGUUCGCGGUUUCUUCGCUCUGAGGCGAAGAGGGAUGACUGUCUCCCUUGCAGGACAGCGGUCUGCGCUUCACAGAAGAGAUUUAACUCAGGCUCGAAACGACGGACACGCCGCAGAGCGAAGCGCAGCCAGAGCGACGGACGGCGAGGUGUGGGAUGCCCCAGCCUCAGGUGACGCGCAUGCGCGCAGUUCGGGCGACAUGCUCUCGCCCAAGACGCGGCGGAAAAGGGAUGAAUUAAAGCGAAAAAGAGAACGACUCUACCUAGAAACGCAGCGGCAGGACGAGGCGACUCGCAGUCUCGAGGACCGCGGCGGCGAGUUCUCAGGGGAACUCCAUCUGCUUCGUCUCUUGCAAACGCGCGCCUCGCCCCGACUGGAUGCCAUCCUGUCCAGCUUGAGCAAAAAGCGGCAUACCUUCCUUUAUCUACAAGCCAAGUGUGGAGUCGACGUGCCAGUGCCCCUAGCGCGCCGCGCCGGAGGUGCGUGGGUGGAGGCGUGCAUGCAGCUAGCUGCAUGCGACAUCAGGGACUCUGGGGGGUCAGCGCCAGGAUCUCCGCGCGCAAACGAGGGACACGAUGGCCUUCGCGAGUCCGUCAUGGAGCACUACCGCGCCAACGAAGGCACUGCGCAGUUGCCAGCGCGUCGCUGCAAGGAUUCUCACGCUUUCGGCCUCGAAGGCGUCUCGUCCUCGCAGCCUGGUGCGGACACAGAGGCAUCAGAAUCUUCUCCAACUUCAACGGGCGAACGAGCCCUGUGGGGGUUGUCGGCGCCCAUGGGGCAGCACGAAACUUCCGGCAGAGAGGGAAAGGGCGUAGAGCCUCAGAUGGGCGCGGAACAGAGCGGAGAGGCUGAUGCGGCUGAAGCCGGGGCGUCGACUCACGCGCCCAGUGACAGGCAGAGGCACCCUGGCGUGCUUCCCAGCGCUGUUCUGAACCGAAGGGAGGCAAUCGUGCGGGCACUGCGAGAACGUGGCGACGGCGGCAACAGCUCCAUUGUGGUCGAGCUCAUGAGAGGAAUUCUUGAGCACACGCUCAAGGUUCUAGAACAGGUCUCGCGGCUGAAGAACUGCGCGCGUGAUGACGUCCCGCCGGGUGUCGUCGAAAAAGCAGCGGCCGCAGCUGAGCUUCUUUCCACGAUACUUCUACGCUGA